AAUGAAAUCACCCACAAUGCAAUUCGAUAACAACACGCAUGCGCUUACGUUCCAUAAAUGAAUGGUGAAAAUGAGUUCUAAAAUAGCAAGAAAAGCUCAAGCCAUUCAGUCGCGGAAAAAACGUGCCAAGGCUAAAUCCAGGUUCAAAGCAGACCGUCAGACGAUAAGAAGAGAAGGUGGCAGAAGCUCCAGUGAACCAGACCUGCGUUUCUUCCACUAUUACUAUCCUCGUCUACAUCAUGACACCAUCAUUCUAUCUGAUUCACAUGGAAAGCACGACCCAGUGUAUGAUGAGGAAGAGGAGGAUGAGGAAAUCCUGGGCUCUGAUGAUGACGAACAAGAAGACCCUAAAGACUAUUGUAGAGGCGGUUACCAUCCUGUGAAGAUUGGCGAUUUAUUUAAUAACAGAUACCAUGUUGUGCGGAAGUUGGGAUGGGGACAUUUCUCAACAGUCUGGCUCUGCUGGGAUCUAAAAGCCAAAAGAUUUGUUGCUAUGAAGGUUGUGAAGAGUGCCCAGCACUACACAGAAACUGCCAUUGAUGAAAUCAAACUUCUCAGAUGUGUACGUGAAGCAGAUGAAAAUGACCCAUUCAGGGAAAGGACAGUACAACUGUUGGACGAUUUUAAAAUAUCAGGUGUAAAUGGAACACAUGUAUGUAUGGUGUUUGAAGUAUUAGGCAACAAUCUACUCAAGUUCAUCAUCCGUUCCAACUAUCAAGGAAUCCCACUCCCAAAUGUGAAAAAUAUUAUGAGACAGGUCUUGCAAGGCUUACAUUAUCUGCAUGCUAAAUGCAAGAUAAUCCAUACAGAUAUAAAACCAGAGAAUGUACUUAUAUGUGUUGAUGAACCAUAUAUAAGAAAGUUGGCAGCAGACGCAUAUGAAUGGCAAAAAAUGGGAGUUAAACUGCCUGGAUCAGCAGUCAGCACAGCUCCAAAAGAAAAACCAGUUGAUGCUGCAAAAAUGUCCAAAAAUAAAAAGAAGAAGUUAAAAAAGAAAGCCAAGAAGCAGCAACAGUUGAUGGAUCUCCAGAUGCAGCAGAUAACAGAGGCAGAGCAGGAAAAGCUCACUGAUGAGUCCGAGCAUCAGGAGCAAGACGUAGCUGCUAGUGACUCACAACAAACCCAGAGAUCUUUGAUUGCGGCCGACACCAAUGAGCCAAACUGUGAUAGCAGCAAUCGUAAUAGUGUGGUGGUUGAAAACAACGACCCUGAUGCUGCCCCGCCCACCAACCAGCCUGUCAACAAUACUGACACGCCCACCACCGCCACAACUACUACCAGUGAUACACCAAAAAUAGACAACACUGUAAACAUCACCAUUAACAAUGAAAAUGACAUAAAUAUUCUCAGUCAGCAGAACAAUAAUGCCAAUCCAAACAAAUCCAGUGACAAAGAUACACUUGAUAAGUCAAGUCUAAGAGAACAGGAAGAAAACCUGAAAAAUUCCUCAGAAUCUCUACAAAACAAUGUGUGUAAGAUUGUCGACCAAAAGGAAAACCUCGAUAUGAAAAAUCCAAAUAUCACUGAUUGUGAAUCUCCUACUGUUGAAACAAGUAAAGGUAUUUCAACAUCAACGAGUGGAGAUUCUUUAAGUGUGUCAGUGUCAGAGUGUAAUGGACAUGAUUCUCCUGUAAAGGAGACGGCCAGUGUUGAGGCUGGCACAGUUGACAAUGAAGUGAGUGUUACAACUAACUGUGAUGAUAAUGUAAUGGAUCAAGAAUCAGAUGGGCGGAGUCAAGGUAACGAAGAGACAGAGCAGGAUGCUCCUGAUGGUGACCAGGAGAAAGGUGAUGGUGAUGCUUCCUCAAUGAAUGAUGUUGUUUUUGAUCCUGUUAGAGAAAUCUGUGACAUCCCAUGUAAACUGGCAGAUCUGGGUAAUGCCUGCUGGACUUAUCAUCAUUUCACAGAAGACAUACAGACUCGGCAGUACAGAUGUCUUGAAGUUUUAGUUGGGGCAGGGUAUGGUCCUCCAGCUGAUAUCUGGAGUACAGCUUGUAUGGCAUUUGAGUUGGCAACAGGUGAUUAUUUGUUUGAGCCACAUUCUGGAGGGGAGGAGUACUCCAGAGAUGAGGAUCAUCUUGCACACAUCAUAGAACUGCUGGGACCUAUACCUCGACAUAUAGCACUGUCUGGAAAAUACUCGAGAGAAUUCUUUAAUAGGAAAGGUGAAUUGAGAAACAUAACCAAGUUGAAACCAUGGGGAUUAUUUGAAGUUCUGUCUGAGAAGUAUGAGUGGGAUCCUGAAGAGGCCCAGGCAUUUGCUGAUUUCCUGACUCCAAUGUUGCAGUUUGAACCUGAGAAGCGAGCCACUGCCGGAGAGUGUCUACUACACCCAUGGUUAAACUCCUAGUACAUGUUGUAGACAUAAUAUCUUAACAGGCUAUACUCUAUCUGCCCUAGCCAGAUCCACUAGUGACAUUUUGUUCGUACCCAUGUGUUAUUUCUUGAGGGAUAGAUACAUUGCCAUUAGCUGAAAUUCAGCUUCUUUUUACAAACUGAUUUCCACGUUUGUUUUCAAUGAAUUAAGUGAAAUCUGGGUUUCUGCAUUUGAUGUUUUUGAAGGUACUGGUAAUGUUUGUAUUAAGAAAUUUUUAGACUAAGUGCUUUUGCUAGAACAGAACAUUUCUUGCAAGGGAGAUAAGAAUGUUGGAAUAAUCAUCAUAUUGAAAAUAAAGUCAUUUCUUCAGCCAGAACCAUUAAAACUUAUUUUGUUAAUCCAUUUUUUCUGGUUGAGGAAUAAUUAGAAAUAAAUUUGUUUCAGUACAAUGAAUAUAUUAUAUAAAGAAAUGCAUUCAUAUGAUAGAUUCAGUGUGAAGGGAUGCCUUGUAUCUUGAAGCUUGUAUAUAGAUAAUACCGUAUUGCCUGGUUUAUCUUCAGAUGUUUUAACCCAGGUUUUAUUUCUGAUUGUAAAACUUUGUUAUCAUUUUUGUUGCUUAGUGCAUAGGCUUUACUUGAACAAGUUAAGACAGAUUAAUUGAAUCGAUACAGCUGCACAGUCUUUUCCACCCUGCAAGUGUUGUUAAUGCUACCAGUUGUGAGAAAGAGAGCUUAGAUGAUUUGAAGUAUUUUUGAAGAGAAAUGCUAUAAAAUCUGUUAAAACAGAAUUUUUGAAAAUGUUGCAAGAAGUCAGACUGCAAAUGUUUGAGAGCAAACUGAAAUUUGAAAUUACUGUAUACUGUAGAUUAGGUAAAUAUGGAGUAAGCUUUAUUUAACGAUUUCUUGUUAGCAGCCUUAAGGUGGUUCUGCACAUUUGAUAAACCAGAAGUAAUGGUGUAACAUCAUUUGUCCGUAUAACGUAGAAUAAACCCUGGACUAGGCAUACGGAAAAGAAAAUCAGUUUAUGAAUAAAUGGCAACCUAUUAGUAGAAUUUUUAAAAUGACAACUUGACUACCUUUCUAGAGAUAAAGUAUGAUAUAAAGAAGUUUGACACGUUAAAUAAUUCCAAAUAAUAUCUCAAAAUCAGCUUGAAAUGUAUGAAUCCCUUUAAUCAUGGUCAGAUAUCUUAAAAACCAGCACACAGACCUAUAUGUUUUAUUUCACCAUAUUAUAGACCAUAUGUUACUUUAUAAUUGUGAGAAGUUUCAUCAAAAUCUACAUUGUAGAAAAAAAUCUUAUUCAAAAAAUUAUUUAAAAAUGUCAUCAAAAUUGUGAUUUGCCCAUUUCCCAUGAAAACCUUUGUGGUCCAAAUUUUUCAAAUAAAUCUAGCAAAAAUUCAAGCACACAACCCAAUAUUUUUUAUUUGCUUAAUUUUCUAAGUAUACUCUAAAGAUUUGAAAAAUUAGGGUCUGAUCAAAUUCUACAUUACAGAAAAGAAAUUGAUCCAAACAUGCAGAACUACCUUAAUUAGGUAAAGAAUUGGUGGACAUUAGUGUUUGUAUCAUAGGCCAUGAUGCAGAUCAAUAUUCACAAAUAUUUUGAGUAAGCGACUGGCAUUAUUUGGGAAUGUUAGCUAGAAUAAAAAUGUUGAAAAUAUUACCUAGUCCACAGUAUACUAUUUUAAACAGAGCUCCUUAUUCAUUGCCCUUAUUCACUUUUUAGCAUUAAGGUGUAAAGUAAACUUGUUAAAAUAGACAAUAUAGUGUGUCUAGUGGAUUUCAAGGAGCAUUUGCACUUCUGCGGUCCCUAUAAUAAAAGUAGUUUAAAAAUGUUUUCAGAAUUAAAAGUUAUAAGGGGUAACUUUAUUUUUAGAUGAACAUGUUUGGGGCUGCCGCCACCACACCCUGCUUUGCCCCACACCCAGCUUGCAGGGCAUGCGCAUUUUAAACUUCCAGGGACUGCUUAAGUGCAUUCUACACGACUUCGGUUUAGAAGUAUUUUAUUAAAAUAAAAAAUUUAAUUACGAAAUCUAGUGCUUUAUCUAAUUUUCAGUCUACAAAGGUUUCUUGUAGCUGGCUAAGUUGCAUUUUCAAAGGGUACAAUCCUGGCUUUGCACAGGGUUUAUUUUCUCUCAGAGAUCUGAUUUUGUUACAUGUACUUGGAAAACUAAAUAUAUAACUUAACAUUCCCUUUAAGCAAGGAGUUUUCAACAAAAAAGUGCUUUAAAAAGCUUCUCUACAGUGUUGAAAUUCAGAAGCCUUGUUUUAUGUUCUAGUUCUCUAUAAAACUGUAUUACACUAAUUUGUGCUAUGGAAAAUGUCUCUAUUUUUAGCUCGACUAUUCAUAGAAUAGUAGAGCUAUUGGACUCGCCCAUGCGUCGGCGUCCCGAUUUGGUUAAGUUUUUGUAUGUAAGCUGGUAUCUCAGCAACCACUUGUGGGAAUGGAUUGAAACUUCACACACUUAUUCACUGUGAUAAACUGACUUACAUUGCACAGGUUCCAUAACUCUAUUUUGCUUGUUUACAAAAUUAUGCCCCUUUUUUGACAUAGAAAUUUUUGUUUAAGGUUUUGUAUGUAAGCUGGUAUCUCAGCAACCACUUGUGGGAAUGGAUUAAAACUUCACACACUUAUUCACUGUGAUAAACUGACUUACAUUGCACAGGUUUCAUAACUCUAUUUAGCUUUUUUACAAAAUUAUGCCCCUUUUUCGACUUAGAAUUUUUUGGUUAAGGUUUUGUAUGUAAGCUGGUAUCUCAGUACUCACUAAUUGGAAUGGAUUGAAACUUCACACACUUGUUCACUGUCAUGAUCUGACAUACACAAAGCAGGUUCCAUAACUCUGUUUUGUUUUUUUUACAAAUUUAUGCCCCUUUUUCGACUUAGAAUUUUUUGGUUAAGGUUUUGUAUGUAAGCUGGUAUCUCAGUAUCCACUAAUGGGAAAGGAUUGAAACUUCACACACUUGUUCACUGUCAUGAUAUGACAUGCAGUGCAAAGGGUCAAUAACUCAACUUUGCAUUUUACAAAAUUAUGCCCCUUUUUAAACUUAGGAGUUUUGGGUUAAAUUCUUAUAUGUAAGCUGGUAUCUCAGUACCCACUAAUGGGAAUGGAUUGAAACUUCACACACUUGUCCACUGUCAUGAGCUGAUAAGCACUAUGCAGGUUCCAUAACCCUAUUUUGCUUUUUUUAAAUAUUGCCCCUUUUUAGACUUUCGUAUUCAUUCAGUCGACAAGGCUGUUGAAUAGUCGAGCGUUGCUGUCCUCCGACAGCUCUUGUUGUGAAUAUUGUUGUUUAUAGUUUGUUAGAAGUAGUUGUUUAUGAUUUUAUGAGGUAAAUGGUAUGGAAAUACAUGUGCCACAUGACUGUCUGACUGCUGCGAAAUCGAAUCAAAUACUUCAGUUUUAAUACAUGUAGAAACUAACGAACUAGAGUUAGUUUUGUGUCUAGAGGUUGUGAAUGUUUGCUGUAUGAAGAGAAAGUCAAAUGGUAUAACAAUAUGGCCGGCAGAAUUACAGAACUAUUACAUAGUGAAAAUGGAUUGAAAGCUAAACUAUAAAUCAAAAUCUUAAAGUUAGUGCUUCCAGAUAAUACUUCAUACUGCUUUAAAAAUGAAAUUUAAAUAUUGCAAAAAUUGCUUCUUAAACACGGAUAUUUCCCAACACUAACAACCUUUAACUAAAUGGUGUGAAUUUUUUAAAUUCUGUUUUUGUAUGUUGUUGAGGAUUAAGAAUCGUGCUUGUUUCAUAUAAACAGUAUUUUUGGUCUUGAAAUGGAUAGUUUUUAUUUCAGUCGUAAGAAAAAAUCUUUUGAAGGAUGGUCUAUGUAAGGAUAUACCUUUAUCAGAUCAGCACCUUAUUCCUUACUUGUUGAUAACUGUACUAAAUGAAAAUUCCCCUUUGGUAUUUCCAUGAAGGUUAAUAGUGCUUAGUGUGAUUGUAAAAGAACAAAUAAAAGUUACCAUCAGGUCCACAGUUUCAAGUCCUAUAUUGCUUUGUAUAAGUUAAGUCUGAGAAUUAUACAAAAUUUAAAAUAAAACUAUUAAGUGAACUUGUUGAAGAUAAGGUAAAAAAUAAAAUCAGUGGUUUCAUAUAUCACUAGAAAUUUUAAAUUUGUGUACAAGUGUUGGUAAUUCCUUCAUUGCUCUCUAGCUUUCAUUUUAUAUUCACACCAUUUCACUAGUCUGUAUAUUACUACACUUGCCAUAAGCUUGUGUAAAGCCAGGAUCUUUAUUAUUUUUGUUGCUUUGCUAUACACAGUAUAUAUGAUUUUUACCACAAGGGAUGUUUACAAGUGGCACAGCUCACAAGUAGUAUACUUUAUACAAGUAACUGUUUUUGUAAAACCAUCUACAUUUUAAUGGCAGAUACCUCUAAAUACUGAUAUUGUUCUGUAUAUCUUGCCUGAUGAAAAACUUACCAUUUUACAAUAUUUUUGCAGUUGUUACGCAAAAGCUAUUGUAAAUGAUUCGUCUAUUUAUUUUGAGAAGUAUUUGCCAUUUAAAUGGAGUCAUUUUCACAUGUUGCAGAACAGAUAAACAGUGAAAGAAUGACACAUCUAGUCAGAGUAAAAUUUCUGAGGCAAAGAAAGGGCAUUGGUCUCGAGUACACAGAGUUCAUAUUCUGUAUGGGAGCUUAAACAGAUGACUUCAUUGUAGAAGUGUGAUUGUAUUUAUAUAUAGAUAUUAUAUAUCAGUAGUGCACUUUGUUAUGUUGGUAGUAAUGGACCGGCUUAUGUUGCCUACAUGUAUGUAUACUUCAUCUCAAAAACUUGUCAUCCACUUCAUAUAAAUUAACAUACCAUUCUCUAACCUUUGGUGAAAUAUUGCAUUUUAAAAGUUUCUGUAAUUUAAGUUAACAGGACUGCGAUUAAAGUUUAUGCAAAUACA